CUGACUUGCAGCUGCUGCAUGUCGUUGACAAGCAAAUGAAGCAGUAGGCCCGGUUAUAGUCCACGCCGAUAACAUAUAAUCUGCCUGCCAGUUUCGUAGGUUUCUUAGGUUUCUUAAUGCAUCUGUAGUGUCACUGUCAACGCACCCUACAUCCGCGGCAGUCUUCUUGAUGAAAUUGACAAAUAAAUAAUCCAUUCACUGCGCCCAUUAACAGGCAUUCUCUUAUUACCUUGCCCGAUUAUAUAAUCGGCAGUCGUGCGUGCAAUGUUGACGACGGUCAGUGUGUUGGUGGGGAGCGCGGCCUUCCUGGCGGCGGUGCUGUACUUCUUGCAGCGCUGGAGCAGCUCGGCGCCACGGCGGCCGCCCGCGGGCGGAGUGCUACCGCCGCAACCACCGGGCUGGCCGCUGCUCGGCAACCUGACGCUGAUGCUCAGCCGCCAACGCCACCGCCUCAUCCAGGCGGCCGGCAGCCAACUGGGCGGCUGCAUGACCCUCAAAGUCGGACCCAGGCGCUCGGUGUGGAUUACAUCGUACGAGUACUUCCGGGAGGCCGUCAUCAACCACGCCUGGGAGUUUGCCGGACGCCCAGCGGAAAUGGCCGAUCCGGAAAUUAGUAACGAACUCGGCAUCGCGGCCAGCGGCGUCAGCGAGCCGGAGCGGGAGAUCCGCAAGUUCACGCUGAUCAGUCUGCGCAGCUUCGGCUUCGGCAAGUCCAGCAUGCAGGAGACGAUGCUGCGCGAGGCCGACGAGCUGGUCAGCGCCUUCCGCCGCCACUGCUCCACCGCCUCUGAGGGGCGGUUGUCCCAGCCCCGCCCCUUCAACCCCCGCAGUCCGCUGGCCAACGCCGCCGCCAACGUCAUCUGCUCGGUGCUGAUGGGCAACAACUUCCAGCAGGGCGACACCGACUUCCGCGUCCUCAGCGACGACUUGACGGAGGCCAUCAAAAAGGUCAUGCUCACCCAGCAGGCUCGCUCCUUUCCCCUCCUGCGCCUCUUUGUCAAUCGCGGCAUCAAGACCGCCAACGACACCUUCCGGCGCACACACGCCUUCUUGAAAUCCAUCGUUGCGGACCACGUCGAGCAGCACCAGCCGGGAAUGCCGCGCGACUUCGUGGACGACUGGUUCGACAAGGCGGCCGACGAGGCGGCGAAGGCCGGUGAUAAACCGCAAGGGAAACCGGUGUUCCGUGCUGAACACUUGCCGACGGUGCUGAUGGAUCUCUUUAUCGGCGGUUUCGAGACGACCACGACGACCUUCCAGUGGAUCUUCCUGAUGUUGCUGCACAACCCGGACGCACAGACCAAGAUCCACGAGGAAAUGGAGCGCGUUCUGGGGUCCCGUUCGUCCACUUCCGGUCAGCAGGUGACGUUGGAGCAGCGCGACGCGCUGGUGUACACGGAGGCGGUCAUUCUGGAGACGCUGCGCAAGUACCCGCUCAUCCCCUUCGCCAUACCGCACCUGUGCACGCAGACCACCAAGCUGGGCGACUACACCAUUCCCCAAGGGACGCAGGUGAUGCUGCACCUGUUCUCCAUCCACCACGACCCGGCGCUCUUCCCCGAGCCGGAGCGCUUCCUGCCCGAGCGCUUCCUCGGGGCGGACGGCCGCCUGUCCGUCCCGGAGCAGUUCGUGCCCUUCUCGGCGGGCCGGCGCUCCUGCAUCGGGGAGCAGUUGGCGCGCAAGGAGCUCUUCCUCUUCUUCGCCAACAUUAUGCUCAACUUCUCCAUCCUCCCUGCCGCGGAAGGGCAACUGCCGUCGCUCAACGAGAACGACGGCAUCGUCAUGUACCCCGAUCCCUACGAAAUCAUCCUGCAGGAGCGCUGAGCACUGAACAGUACCGGUCUCGCAUCCAAGAUUUUGCAAAAUAUGUUGUUUGUACAACGUGCAGUAUAAUACGUAUUAUGUUCUGCUAAAAGCAGUAGCAAUAAUGCCGCUUUCGACAGGCAGUAGAACGGGUGGACUGGUCGGCUGGUUAGCGGACGGCCGGCAUGUCACAUGACCAGUCGGUAAAGCCUGCAUUAUACCUGGUUUAUUUGAAUUAACAGAACAGUUACCAAAAACAACUCAGUGUCAUUA